CAAUAUUUUUAUUUCCGGUAAGAGAAAUGGAAAAAAAAAUUAAUUUUCCGAGUUGUUCGAUAUUUUGAAGAAUAUUUGAAAAUUUAGAUAUAGAUAAAUAUGACAUAUUUCUGAUAUAAUAAGAAGUGAAAUAAUAUUUUUUGAAAAAUGAAACUAUUACGAGCGAUUAUUGAUGAUGUUAUCAUAGAACCAUCUAAAAUUCAACCAAUUAUUGUUAAUUUUCAAAAUGGAGAACUCAAAGAUGAGGAAGCUAAAAAAAUAUCUUGUGGAUUAUUUUAUGAUCAAAAUAAAAAGAAAACAAUGUUGGCUUUAUCAAAUCAGCAAAUUGUUUAUAGAGGUUAUAAACCAGAUACAACUCAAGAUCUGAUGCGUACUAUGCUUGUACUUCAUAACAAAAAAACAGGAAAAGCAAGAUUGGUCCAAGUUGAACGUUGGCAAGUGACUCCAAUUUUGGGAAAAUCAGCAAUUAAGGAUAAUAAAAAAGCUGAAGAUGAAAAGAUUGCUAUGUUGAACAAACAAUUUGGUUCAAAGAAGGUGAAAAGAAGAACAGAACAAUUUGAAAGAUUAAAAGUAAAUGUAGAAUCUAUUAAAAAACAGCUUGAGGAAACUGUAUCUAAUGUUGAAAUUGAUAGAAUGGAAUUAUCAACACAAUUGCCAAAUAAUGAAUAUAUUACAAAUACAACUUUGCCAGAAUGCAAUAGAGAAGCUAUUAAUGUAAACGAUAUAUAUAACAUAUAUGAUAUUAUACCAGAAAAUAAAUUGGAAAAUUUGUAUAAUAAUGUUAAAGAAAUCUUAAAUAACAAUUCUAAUACUUUAGAAGAGUAUGUUUGUUUUAAAAAUUUAUCUGAAGAAAUUAAUUCAUAUAUAAUAAACACAUAUAGUGUUCAGAGUAAUCAUGGACGGCUGAGGCCAACUAGUGUAAAAGAUAAAGGAGUGAUACAUUGUAUGAUAUUAGCUUUAAUAAUUUGCAACUUUACGUUAGAUUUAGAAUUAUUUGCAACUAUAUUCAGUCACCGUAUGGGUUUAAAAAAAUUGACAGAUCUUGCCAGAAUUAUUGGUGCUUUACCCAAUAAAGAAGAUAAAAAAAUUGUCACUUUGAAAAUACCAUUACCAGCACCAAUGUCUAUUAUAAAGAAAGGAAAAAGAAAAUAGAUAUUAGAUAUGAUUUUAUUAUGUAAAACAUUUUAAUAAAGGACGAAAUUAUGAAAAAUGAA